AGCAGAGGGAACUCCCUUUGGAGGGACCUCGCUGAUCCGCUUUACUGUAGAUCAUGGCGUCAAAGGCGAUGAGGGCGCUCCUAGUGCUGCCGCUGGCGCUGGCGCGAACCUUGGUGGAAGAGCGCCCGGUGACCAAAGUGGUAAAGAUGUUGAAGGACAUGCAGGACACCUUGGAGAAGGAGCAGAAGGCCGACGAGGACAUGUAUGACGAUCUCAAGUGCUGGUGCAAGGAGAACCAGCAGGGCAAGGCCUCGGAGCUGUCCGGCGGCGCCGCCAAGGCCACGGAGCUGGCGAGCCUCGUGGAGGAGCUCAACGCCUCCGCGGAGAGCCUCGCCACGCAGAUGGCGACAUUGGCCAAGGAGGUGAAGGAGGCCACGGCCACACUGGACCAGGCGCGGGUGCUCCACGGCAACCAGGUCGAGAAGUACAACACGGAUGAGAAGUCCCUGUACAAGGACAUCGAGGCGGUGGAGUCCGCCGCCACCGUCAUCGGCGGGGGCAGCGCCCUGCUGCAGAUGCCCGAAAACCGCCUGAAGGAUGUGGCGGCUGCUCUGCAAGACGCGGUCAGCAGGCGUUCGGCGCGCCUGGACAACACCCUGUCCAUCCGCGACCACGAGCGCCUGGAGGCCUUCUUCAAGGACCCCGAGGACUUUGUGAAGGGCCAGAGCUUGCUGCAGUCCCCCAUCGGCGGCGAGCUGGCCGGUAUGUUCGAGGGCAUGAAGGACGACUUCAAGGUGGACCUUAAGAAGCUCCAGGAAGAGAUGGCCAAGGAGAAGCUCACCUACGAGGAGCUGAUGGCCGGGAAGAAGGAGGAGAUCAAGGCUGGGGAGGCGAGCGUGGAGAGCAAGCGCCAGCAGCGGGUGGAGAAACGCCAGAGCAUGAUGGAAGCCAGCUUCGAGAUCAAGAACAUCCAGAAGGCCAUGGGCACAUCCCAGGAGUUCCUGGCCAUGGUGGAGGAGAAGUGCAGCACCUCGGACCAGGAGUGGACGGAGCGCCAGAAGACGCGGCAGGAGGAGAUCGAGUCGGUGGCCAAGGCCAUCGAGGUGCUGGACGCGGAUGAGGCGCACCAGACCUUCGGGCGCACCUACUCCUUCUUGCAGAAGGCGGAUGAUCGCCUGAAGAGGGCCUCGCAGGUGCUGGCCGGCUCCGCGGACCGACGGGUGGCGGCCCUGGCGGCCACUGCGGAGGUGAAGGGCAUGGAGAAGGUGUUGAAGGCCAUCGCGGAGAUGAAGACUGGCCUCAAAAAGGAGAUGCAGGACGAGGUUGAGCAGCGGGAUUUCUGCAUCAGCUCUUUCAAUGCCAACAAGGCGAAGGUUGCCGAGAUGAGCAGCAUGAAGGGCAAGCACAGCACCAAGCUGGCGAUGCUGAAGACCAAGCUGGAGACCACCGCCUCCGAGAUCUCGGAGACCAAGGGCCAGAUGGAAGCCGCGCAGAAGGAGCUGAAGAAAGCCGCCGAGGACCACGAGAAGGAGCUGGCAGACUUCAACACCACGCUGGCUGAUCAGGCGGCCACCCAGAAGCUCCUCACCAAGGCACUGGAUAGCCUCAAGGGCUUCUACCAGGAGGCGCCCGCGCUUGUCCAGGCCACACCGGAGGGCUUCAAGGACUACAAGAAGAGCGGAGGCGGCAACGCCGCCAUGCAGCUCAUGCAGAAGAUCAUCCUCGACACCAAGGCGAUGGAGGCAGAGACCUCGCGCGCCAAGAAGUCCUCGCAGAAGGACUUCGGAAAGCUGGCCGAGGCGACGGACAAGGACAUGGGGGCCUUCAACAGCAAGCUCGAGGGUCAGCAGUCUGUUAAGGCAAACGCCAUGGAGACGAUGUCCAUGACCAAGGCGGACCUCAAGGGGGCCAACAAGGAGCUCGCAGACUUGGCCCUGGAGGAGGCCAAUCUGCACGAGAGCUGCGACUUCGUGGUGAAGAACUUCGAGCUGCGGCAGUCGGCGCGUACCGAGGAGCUCGAGGGCUUGCAGAAGGCGAAGUCCAUUCUGUCGGGGGGGAGCUCCUUCCUGCAGAAGCGCUUCUGAGGCCCGGGGAAGAGGACGCUGCGCAGCGUCCCCCGAGAGAGCCAGACUGGUGGGUGAAAGUCGCCCCCAAAUGCAAGUUGUCAGCGGCCCCCCAUCGCGCGACAUCCAGCUUGUGCGGAUUCCAACCGCGUAAAGCUAGUGUCCCUGGCCAAGCCAGUGUCCCUUUUCCCCUCCCAACCUUUUGAGGGAGUCUUCGGGAGGAGAGGGGCGUCUACUUCUCGGGGGCGGGAAGCAACAGGUACCC